AGCAGAUGCUGGGGUGGGGCCUCCCGCCAACCGGCAGGGGGCGCGCGCCUGGCAAAGAGGCAUCGUUUCCAUGGAGGGGGCAGAGGCGGACACACAGGAGGGGGCCGCUGUGGCCCGGGACCUGCUGGCCUUGGGGUAUGAGGACUUUUUGGGGGCUGUGGCGCUGGGCCCAUCGUGCCCAGACUUCAGGGCGCUGUGCGUGCGGCUGGUGGCGGAGCUGGCGACUCUGGGUGUCUUGGAGCGAGAGGGCUUGGAAGCGAUGAGCGCUGGCGAAGGCUCCGGCGCUGAGGAGGAAUUUCUGCGACAGUUGGCCGGCCUGCUAAAGGAGCUGCACUGCCCAGACCGUGCACUCUGCGGCGGAGACUGUGCGACCGCGUUGCAGAAGCCGGGCGCGUGCCUGCGCCUGCUGCGUGAGCUGAGAGGGGGACGGCCCUGGAUGCGGAAGUGGGCGAGGCUUCAGCCUCUAGAGCAGGGGAAGGGGAGGCGGACUCAGCACAUUGAGGUGGAGCCAGCAUUUUCCCGAAGGGGCGUGGUCAAAAUGCUUUCUCUGCACAGAGCUCCAGGCUUCCCGCCUCCUCUGCUUGCGUCCCCGGCGGGAUCCCAGCCCAGCGGAGCCCCUGCCCAGUGGGGAAGGAAUAGAGGAGGAAGCUGGCAUGGUUCAGGAACUGGUCCUUACUCUCCAAGCCCUGGGGCUGCCCAGACCCAUGCUGGGAACUCUCGCCAGCAGGCUGCUGCGGGAUAUCCAUGCCAAGGUCUUAGAGCUGCUGCCUUCCCUGCCCCCAGGGUCCCUGCAGCCCCUCCUCACCUACUCGCUGGAUGCACCCAGAUGGCCUUGGAGUCUCUGUGUCAAAGCCUAAGAGGUCAGUACUGCUGCCGCCGCUGCCUCCUCCUCAAGCGCCUGGACCUCACAACAUCCGCAUUCCACUGGAGUGAUCGGGCAAAGGCCCAAGGAGAGGCCAUAAAGACAGUGCUGACCCCAAUUCGAAAGGCUCUGACCCCAGAAACGGAUGUCUCCAUCGCACACGUCCUGGCUGCCCGAGCUGACCUGUCUCGUCUUGUCCCAGCCACGAGCAAGUCUGCCCGCCAAGGGACCUGCUGUGCCAUCAACAAGGUGCUUAUGGGCAACAUGCCAGACCGAGGGGGCCGCCCAAAUGAGUUGGAGGCUCCCAUGCCCAGCUGGCAGAGCAGAAGAGAGGAUGGAGGCGGUCGGAAGGCAGGCCGCCAGUGCUGGGGCCGCAAGAAGAAGAAGAAAUAAAGGACUGGUGGCUGGGGCAGGUGUCCUUUAGGAGUUGCUGACACCAUUGAUAAUAUCUGGGGAGCCCGUUUGAGGGUUUUCUUGGCACCUGGCAAUGAGGACCCACAUACCAUGUUCCUGAGGCCCCCAAUGUCCAUCCCCCACCUACUAUUUAACACCAAGGACUGCGUUCUCUGGAAAAUAAAUUUAAUUAUAA